AUUUACCUAACAGAAAGAAAACAGCCCUCAGUUUAAGUUAUCGAAAAAGUCCAGAAUGGAGCAAAAGCCGUUGGUGCCCGCAUUCACAUGUCACGGGCGGAGUUGCCGACAAAACAAGGCCAACAACCCUCCAAAAUCUCAUGAGCUGCUGCAUCCAUCAUACCAUUAAUGAGCUUGCCACUGCCUUAGUACCCUCGCCCGAUAUUUAUUGUCCUUCGUGGCCCCAGGCAUCCUAGAUGGAGCUUUCGCAGUCCGGGGGCGGCUUUCGCUCGCGCCGCUCCUAUCCCUCACUAAACCAUGCUUCCCUAGCUCCAUUAACAUCUCGUUUCCCUAUUGACGACGAUGCCGAUCACCAGGAUUACUUUACUCCAAGAGCUGAAGAUUCUGAGUCCUACUACAGCGCCCACGAUAUCCCCGCAAGGACCUCGUAUCUUUCCAGCUACUCCGUCCCCGGUACCCCAGGUCUCUUGUCUCACUCCCGCAGCGGGUCCAGGGCCCGACACCACCAGCGGAGUAAAAGCUCGACCCGCGCACACCUGAGCGAUACCAACCUCCAGGGUCAAGAUGAUGCUCAACCAUGUCACCACCAAGCGUCGAAGACGAAGCGACAGCCACCUCGUCAUCACCCGUCAGACUCAACUAGUCGUCGUGAUGCAGAGUGGAUGCUUCGAGCUGGGAUCGCACUAGCUUCUUCGACCCGAGAAGAAAAGGGUCAAAGUUGGCUCGCGAAGCGGGAGAGCUCGACUAGUCUGCUUGAUGAAGGUAACUAUGACGUGGAGUCCCCUGGUCACUUUAACAAAGUGGCUAGGAAAUCCAGAUCCGGGCGGUCAACCCCGGCGGCAGCUAGGUCGCGCGUUGUCAGUAGAAGAGGCAGUCGGCCUGACCUUACCAUGGCCGGCCUCGAGAUGACUUCUACUAGACAGGGUGAUAGUGGCAGUCUUGAAAGUCCUGCACCUGAUGUGCGACAUUUCGUGCCAGAUUUUGUGGACGAGCGUAUCCGUGCAGAGAUGGCGAUUAUUCAACAAGAGGAAUAUACCUCCGAGUCUGACGAGUACUCUGACUCGGAGGAUGACAUUGAUGAGCAGGAGAUGCAGCGCUUGACCCGAGAGCGCGGCUUUGGGUUGGGCGGUUGGUUCGAUCGCAUGGUGGAAUGGACAGUAUUUGGUGUUGACGACUGGCCGCUGUCUUAUUCCAGUGGGCCUGUUGACCAGGUUCCCAAGAAUGUUGAGUGGGCAGAGCCUAGUGCCGCUGAUGAAGACGACGACCAGGUAUCCAUAUCAGGACGGACUGAUAGGACUGAUGGUGCGUCGACCAUUAGCGAUUCUGAAGUCCCUGCCGUGACAGAAAAACCAGGCGACAAUGGAGGCUGGGAAGAUGCAUGGUGGCUAUUUGGGGUUAUGAGGCGUGCGCUGUUAUGACUAUGAUUUUAUUGCUUGAGCAAAGCAUGAGGAAGCGUAUAGAAUGUCAGAUUGUGGCUGGAUGCUUUUUGAUAUAUAUAAUUGUUCAACCUAAGGCAUGGAUAUGAAGACUACACGAUCAUUUCCUCGUUAUGUAUUGUAACGCACAUGAUAUUAAUUUUAACAAUGUUCUAAAUUUCACCUCACAACUCCCCAUUUCGAAACUUUACAUAUUUGUUAAACAAUACGUUCUCUCGGGCAGACAUGAAGUCUGUCUUGUAGUAAUGCUAGCCUUAUCCCUCCCCAAAUUGAUGCUGCCCAGCAGACCCCUGUCAGCAAAUUGUGAUAUUGGUUCCAUGGGUGCAAUCCAUUCGCUCUAGAACACCUGAGGAUAUUGCGCAGAUGCCCACGUAAUGGGGCCGAUGGGUCCUCUGAGUUGUUCAAUUCAUCUUGCGUCCA